UAUACGUGAAGUUGAUCGAAAGCAUGCUACUUUGAUCACACUUUGAUUUAUAAUCGGCGUGAAAGCUAACUAAAACUAAAAGAUGUCACAGAACAAGAAAAAAAAGCCAGCAAGAUACUUUGAUAACCAAGAUGAAGACGGAGAAGAUAGAACUCAAGACCAGUCCCAAGCUGAUUCCAACAAGCAUGAAGGAGAAUCAACAUCCAAGAAACAAUCUAAGAAGAGGAGGCCAGACCCGCAAAGAUUAAGGGAUGAAUCAGAUCCGUUCCCAGGCCCCGCCCCGGUCGAUGGUGAGAUCGUGAAGAAGCAUAGACGAGGAGAAAAAAGUAGUGCUAAAGAGAUCAAAAGCUUUCCACACAGGACAACCAUGAAGAGAAGGGAAGAUAGGUUUGCCCUUGCUGCCAAGCAAGCUGCUAGGAGUGAACUUCUACUACCAGAAGAAACAGGGUUUUUAGAGGCGGAUGAGGGAGAAGAAACAUAUGACGUCACUCAGCAGGAAAUCAGAAAAUCUGUUGACAUCGCGAGUGCGACUAAAAACUUUGAGCUUCGAUUGGACCAGUUUGGCCCAUACCGGAUGGACUUCACAAGGAAUGGUCGACAUCUGCUUCUCGGAGGUCGCAGGGGUCAUCUAGCUAGUAUCGACUGGGUCACGAAGAAACUUCAUUUUGAGACCAACGUUAUGGAAGCUAUCCAGGAUGUACAAUGGUUACACUUGGAGACUAUGUGUGCCGUAGCUCAGAAGAAAUGGACGUACAUAUAUGAUAACAAUGGGGUGGAGAUACACUGCAUUAAGAAAAUGCACAAUAUCACCCGUAUGGAGUUCCUUCCUUAUCACUUCCUAUUAGCUGGCUGUAGUUCCUAUGGAGGUUUGCAGUAUCUAGAUGUGUCAGUUGGGAAGCUGGUAUGUGACAUGCCCACGAAGUGCGGCCGGCUUGAUGUCAUGACACAGAACCAACGGAAUGCCGUUAUCCAUCUUGGUCAUAGUAAUGGCACCGUCACGAUGUGGAGUCCCAAUUCUAGAGAACCUCUUGUUAAGAUGUUGUGUCACAAAGGCGCUGUUCGGUCUAUAGCCAUCGAUAAAGGGGGAACGUAUAUGGCCACAGGCGGCAUGGACAGGCAACUCAAGAUAUUUGACCUCCGGACGUACAAGCCCCUGCAGGCAUACCGAGUGUCGUUUGGUGCAGGGGAGCUGUGCUUCAGUCAGAGGGGGCUACUAGCUGCUGCCUGUAACAACGUAGUAGAGGUUUACAAGGAUUGUUGCCUGAGGACUCAAGAUGCACCCUACAUGAUCCAUGAGCAACGCUAUCCUGUAACCAACAUGGGAUUCUGUCCUUAUGAAGAUGUACUAGGGGUUUCUCACUUCCAAGGCUACUCCAGCUUACUCAUUCCAGGUGCUGGUGAGGCCAACUUUGAUGCGUUGGAGGCCAACCCAUACCAGAACAAAACCCAGAGGAGAGAGUAUGAGAUCAAGGCUCUUCUAGAAAAGAUUCAACCAGAGAUGAUCACAUUAGAUCCGAGUCAGAUCAGUGCUAUUGACAAGGCAACGCUGGAUCAGAGACAAGCUGAGAGGAAGGAGCUAUUUGGCGUGGUACCACCACCCAAGUUUGAGCCUCGUCACAGGAUGAAAGGAAGGAGCAAGGCUGGUAGGAUAGAGAAGAGGAAACAAGGCGUCAGGGAAGAAGGAAACAGGGAUAAAAUACAAGAAACUUCCAAAGCUGUUCAGAAGAAGAAGAACCAAGAAAGGCCUCAGUACAAGACGGCGUUGGACAGAUUCUCAAAAUGAACUCAAGACUUUGAUUAGUAAAAGCCGAACAAUCCAUACAUGGUGUCAACUAUCUUUGAAUGCAAGUGUUUCACCACAGUGUUGGGACAUCUCAUAUUUUGAUGGAAGCAGGACAAUAAAGCCCAAAUGACAGAUUUGAACCCUUUCAGAAUAUCAGGAGUACAGGAUAGGAUAAUGGAAGAGCAGAAGGUACUCAACGACGAUAGUUCCUCAUGAGCAAUUGCAACGUGAAAAUAGCAUUUCAACCUCACAUUAGCUGAUAGAAUGUUAAAAGUGCAAACCAACUUAUCAAUUCCAUAUGGGGAAAUUUUAUCAUCAGCACUUCAAAAGAACUUUAAAUAAAAAUUAUAUAUGAUGGUGUUAUUUUAUAACUAUUUAAGUUAUAAGUAUUUAUCAUGGUCUUCCGCAGUAUAUCAAAAAUACUAGUGCAGAUUUAUUCCUCAAUAGUCGCUCUUCUUAGAGGAAGAGUUGAAGCUGAUGGAUAAAUCUAUUGCAGACAGGACAGAAUGGUUCCUAUACCAAGCCUAGGGGAAUGACACAAUCCAGUAGUCAGCCAGUUAAAUCAAUAUUUUUGUUGCCCCUUCGGUAUAUCAAUCAGCUGCUGGUUGUUAACUGAACAAUUUUUGUUGCAUUGUAAAAAACGAUGAAAGGGUCUUUACUUGGACCAAAUCAUGAGAUUGACAAUCAAUUAGAGUUGUUCUUUGGACCGCUUCCUAGCCUUGGUAGAUAAUUUUGAUGCAACUGUCGUUUUCAUGGAAGGCGUGUCUCCGAUCAUGGGUGUGGUUGUUUCCAUAGCAACCAACUUUUGUUCCUGUCUCUGGUGGUGAAGUGGCUUCUCCACGCAUUGUCCGCGGUUGCACCACUGUGAACAAAAUGAAUUACAAAGAAAAAGAGGAUAUAUUUACGAUAGUUUGUUGUAAGGUUGUAUUGCUGCAAUCUGUUCCCUUCAGAGUACCAAAGUGCUAAUGUCAUAUUCGCUUGUUGUUUAGAUUACUGGUUUUAAACAACAGAGCCUGUGGAUAAGGUUCACUGCAGCACAAAAAACAGUGUUUGGGCUGGUGCAAUUGCCACACCCUUGAUUAGCACAAACUUGUUAGGAACAAGCAACCUUGACAACUUGGCCAUUAUGAUAUUAUACUUUGAGAAUCUAUUGCCCGUAUUCCCUAAAGCAUUAUCAAAAAAAGUAAAAUAAGUCAAAUGUAAGAUAAUGGAAAUUGAUCAUUAAAUUCAAAAGAGAGCAGUUCUAGUUACUGCCAUUUUGAAAA